AUGGUUGGACUCAGCCGGGAAGGGGCAGCCUGUGCCUCGGAUUCCCGGCCCGGCGCCGGGUUGCCUGGGCAAGAUGGGCAGCAGAAGGAGGAGGUGAUACAGGAGGAGGAACAACAGCCCGAGGAGAGGGAGGAGGCCCCGUGCCCCGCCAGGCCCUGCAGGGCACAUCGUUCCCGGUCGUGGGACUGCAGCGGGGAAGGCGGCGGCGGGGCUUUCCCAGCCGCAGAUGAUAGAAGAGAAUUACUAUUUUCUGAUGGACCUGAAAAGCAAGCAAGUGCCUUUGAAUAGUCUGCCUUACCAGUUGAACCAGUUGACAAGAAUCACCAACAGUAUCCAAGCCUGUUAAAGAAGAUGUGGAUGCCUGUUGUCAGGGAUCUUGAGAGCAAUCAUGGCUUUUCCAACUUUGAAGAGGAAAACAGUAAUUCUUUCCUUAAAUUUUAUCUACUCAGCCCUCCUGUAUGGGUGAAUUACCCUUUAUUCUCACACCAGGAUGUCGUGCCUUUAAUAGAUCCCUGUUCAGGUUUUGUGAGUCCAAUGGCAGAUGCUGAACAGCAGCCCAGUUUUGGAGGAGCUGUUGAAUCCCUGGUAGACUGCAGUGAUAUGAAACCUCACCUGGUCCCCAUCAUAGGUGAGAGAGCCCAGCCUGCCCACAGGAGCCUCCAGGAGGAAACCAGCCAGGACAGAGGCCAAAGCUCUUGAACCUGUCAUAUCCCUUUGUACAUUGGCUGUGCUGGUGCAGUAUAUUUUGAAGACACUGACAAUGCCAGUAUAGACUUAUUUCCACUUAACCAUGUGCAAACUUCAAAGCCUUGCUACACGAGCACUGCACACACUCCAGCUAUCCCUGGAUACACUGGUAAGGUUCAUUGAUCAGCAACUCACCCGGGAAAUUCUAAUCUUCCAUCAACAACCCCAUCAGUAAUUGCACGAAUGCAUGGAUACACAGCAAAACAUGGAUGCUUGUCUCAGUAUAAGCACCAAGGACUUUUUUCUCAAGUGUUUACUCCAGUUGGUCCUCAGAAUUCUUUCAACAAGGCAGAAAAAGAAACAUUUACAAUUUACAAUGUGUCAGUCCCUUUCACCUGGAUAACUGAGAAUCUCAAUGACUGA